CCUCGCUUCGGCAAUCAGUUCGCAGCAGAUACGAGAGGAGAAAGGAUGUCACUGACGGGGGAAGACGGUGCCGAUGCUGUCGGGUUUGUUCAGUUCUGGGGCAACUCGCCGGCCGUCAACCUCUUGGAGCACCUGCAUCUUGCGCCGAAUGGCGAGACAGAUGCCGUGGACAGCAGCCCCAUCGGCAUCUUGCUCUCCGGGGCGGCUGAUGUGCGGCACGACCUGCUGACGCUGACCAAGCUGCAUGGGGUCGACCUGAGAGGGCGGCAGCUGCAUGUAGGGCCAAGGGCGAGGCAAAACACCCAUUCAUUACGUUUGGCAUGCAUGCAUGCAUGAAUCUGGGUGUGGGACGUUGUGUCGUGUCGUGGUGUUGUCUGGUGCGUGCGGGUCAGGUAUAUCUUCAUGAGAGCUCGAUUGAGGUGUUGGCCCGGCACCUCCUGCUGCUGGAUCUGCUCCUCAACACAGGCAUCAGCAUCAGAGGUGACCACACGAGCCCGACGGACGGACGGACGGACGCACCUCACAGGAGACGGAAUGAAAAACGUGUGUGUGUGUGUGACUGUUGGUCCUUGACAGAGCGUGUUGAGUAUUUCCUGGAUUUGUUUGGUAACUGUUUGCUUCGCGACAAGACCGCCCACUAUCUCAAGGCACGCACCCCACAGCUGCUCAAGUAGCCAACCAGCCAGCGACGCGAACCGAACACACAUGAGUCGUGUCGUGUUGCCCUCUGGGUGCAGGUACGUUCAUGACGACACAUCUCCAUCGCUGCACCGCCUGAUGGACCUCUCGCAUCUAAAGUUCAAACACAGAGACGACCUGCAAGGCAGACAACGACGCACCACCGCACCUUACCUGCCAGGCUGGCUGGCCUCCAUCCAUCCAUCUUUCUGUCUGCUGUCUCGGUCUCUCUCUGUCGCAAGCAGCUGUGUUUGAGAGCUGGGUUGCAUCGGGUUGCGAAGAGGGUCGUUUCGACGUUGAGGCGUUGCGUGAGCAGCGGCUGCGAGGUCUGUACCAGACGCGGUACGACCACCGGGUCAACCUUAUGGACUGGACCUACACCAUGCACAUCAAACCACUGGUUGGUAUUCAUGAAUCAAUCAAUCGUGGACACACCAACACACAGUGGCCUGGGCGAUGUGUGGAAAUGUACUCGGCGUGUCUGUGUGUGUAGGCUCCCAUCAUCCACUGGCUGCAGUACAAACAAUUCUGUCUGACCGGUGAGACAGAGAUGCCUUAUCUAGCGCAUGGGUCGACGAAGACCAUGUGUCUGUCCGUGUCUGUCAAGGUGUGUCGUUCGAGACUCGCCUCGCCCCCCACACCCACCCCAACCCCACCCUGGCCGCAUAUAUACCAGCUAAAGAUGUUAGCAUGUCGUCACGAGCCACACACGACGACAUGUCAUGCUUGGAUCAAUGUGUGUCUGCAUUGUGUGUGUCAGCGUCGCCGUCAGCAGAGUGUGUUGGUGCGUGGGUAUUGGGGCGAUGUGGUCAACUCGCCUUUCAUGUCGUUCGGCAUCGACACGGACACCCAAGACAAAGACCGGCUUUGGAGGACCGUCAACAAAGAACAGAGACACGUACAACUUUUCCACCCAGGCAGGGCGCCAUCCACCCCUCUCUCUAUGUGGGUAUGUUAUGUGUGUGUUGGGAACGGGACGCCAGAACGCGCAAGAGGUGUCAAAGUUCAACCUGACAGCGUGGCUGAACGAGCUCGAGACACACCAGCCCUUCCACCUACCACCGGAGAGACACGAGGAAUCCGAGUGAGUGAGUGAGCGAGACAUCAAUGAAUGAAUGGGUCCAUGCCAUGGAUGUGUCAAAUGGGAUGGAUGUGCUGCGUGACGUGACAGGUAUCCGUAUCCCUCCCCUUUGGAUUCCUUGAACCCCAAAGUGGAGGAGCUCGAGCUUGAUGACACUGCUCCCGUCUCACGACAGGACGGAGCCACGUCACGGCUAGAGGUCCCAUCAGGUAGGUCAGAGCAACACACAGGUACAUCACAUCACAGCAAGCAGUCAGUCCAUGUGUGUCUGUCCACUUGUUCAGGACUGAGUCAUGUCAAGAUCGUGUUUCUCACGGGCGACUUGCCCCAACUCCUCAGCAAAACCAGGUGAAUCUGCCCAAGGACACACGGUCCAUCCAUCCACCCAGUGCAGUGCUCCCCGUUUGCUCCUCCUGUCUUUCGUGUGCAGAUACGGCAGCAAGUUCGAUUUGAUGUAUUUCGGGAACCUGGCCGUCUCGCCGCUAUUCGGGGCCACCAACCUGCUCAACAAGCCGGCUGAGCCCACCGUGGAUGACAGCUCUCCAGCUGCUGCUGAUGAUGUGAUGACGGCAGCUGACGGUGCGCCGCGGGCUGAGUGGCUGACGGGCGCCAUGAAGCCCCAAUGCAGAGUUGUCGUCGAAUCGUUCAAGUGAGUGCGACACGGGUCGCCUUCCACAGUCAAGCCAAUGACUGUCUCUCUAUCUGUCGGCUUGAUGGGCGUGUCAGGUACAUGGUGCACUACAAGCCAUCAGUGCGCCUCAGAUACCGCAGCAGACUUCUCGAGGCAGCCAGACGCAUGAACUGGACACUGGCGAAUGACGCUGCCGGUGGGACAACACAAUGAACACCAUGCCCUUAAACACACACACACACACACACACACACACGACACACACACACGCCUCUGUCUGUCUCUGUCUGCCUGCAGCGCCUCCUGCCGAGUUUGAUGCAUGUGUUGACGGUCAAGGCAUGAAGGAGCCACAGGCCAACGAGGUGGAGGCCAAGGCUGACACGUUCAUGGUGUUUGAGGCCGCCAUGAGGGGGGAUGGUGUCGCAGAUGUGUGUGCGGACGGGAGGGAGGAGGGGGCGGUGCGGACUAUGGCUGCAUCGCAGUGAGUGAUGGUGAAGAUGUGACAAUCCACGUGUUCCUUAAUCGAACCAACAUGGAACCAGUGCUUUGGUUGCGUUCCAGCC